AUGUCGAAAUUAACAAUCACUUUAGCCAUUAUUUUUUGUUUUGCUUUUGUAUUUGUAAAUGCUCAAAUUACCAAUGUGAUUCAAAAUGGUAAACAAUUGGUGAUCUCUUAUAAACCAGAAGGAUCAAUGGUGAUGCAACAUCAACUCAAGAUGAAUGGUGGUGUCCAAGCUUGGAUCAACCCAUACUGUAAUAUGGCUACUCCAAUGGUCUGUAAUCUUCCACAAGUCCCACCCUGUGACACUGUCUAUCUCCAUGUUAUUCCAAUGCUUGGUGGUCCAAACUUGUACUUUAAUUAUCCAUUCAACUGUACUGUCGCCUAA